ACGGCUGGCCCGGGGAGCCCGACUAAAGAGCGCGCAGGAAGCCAGCUAGGCCCCGCCCCCCAUCCCCGCCCUCGCUGCCACGCCGGCAGAUGCCAUGGCCGGGCCGGAGCUCCGUGCUGCCCUGGAAGACCAGCUCCGAGCUCUGGCCAUCCCAACUGUGAGCGUGGAACACCCCGAGGUAUUUACAGUUGAAGAAAUGAUGCCUCACCUCAAGCAUCUGAAAGGGGCCCACAGCAAGAACCUGUUUCUUAAAGACAAAAGGAAGAAGAGCUAUUGGCUGGUAACAGUCCUUCACGAUAGGAAGAUUAACUUGAACGAUCUGGCCAAGCAGCUGGGCGUUGGGAGUGGCAAUCUGAGGUUUGCUGACGAGAUGUCCAUGCUGGAGAAGCUGCGAGUGGGCCAGGGCUGUGCCACACCCCUGGCUCUUUUCUGCGACCAGGGAGACGUGACAUUUGUCCUGGAUGCUGCUUUUCUGGAAGGCGGUUAUGAAAAGGUGUACUUCCAUCCAAUGACCAACACAGCCACAAUGGGCUUGAGCCCUGAUGACUUUCUCACCUUUGUGAAGAAGACUGGGCAUGAUCCUAUAAUAGUAAAAUUUGAUUAAACAAAUGGGCCAGAAGUUUGAAUAAAAUGUAACUUUGCAAACUGU